CCAGUGUAGUGCGUUGAUUUCAUACCAAAGUCAUACUUAACAUUCCACUUAUACUGUCAAACCUCUGAGAAAUAUUAGGGAAAACAACAACGCGCCAAAUAAUUACUAAGUUUGUAAAAAAGAGCAGCUGGUCUCCCUGAGAGGAAUAAAGUGACUGCCUGAAUAAAAAGUUCGUACCUGGAUCCAAGACUUUCAGCCUCCAGGAACAGAUCUAUCAACCGGUACGAAGACACACCAAAACGAUUUGGAGGAAUAACUUGAGACUUGUUUGGACCUCUGCACCCCAGAGAUCUCCUACAGAUCUUUUGUUGUUGGGGCUCAGGGUCGGGCCCAGGGGGAGCCGCCACCAUUGCGUCCAACGAGUGGAGCGCCAACGGUAGCCCAGAAGAUGGGCUGGAUGGGGACAACGAGGACAAGACCAUGGAUGGCGACGCCGAGGGAGUUUGGAGCCCGGAUAUUGAGCAAAGCUUCCAGGAGGCCCUCGCCAUCUACCCUCCCUGUGGCAGGAGGAAAAUCAUCCUGUCAGAUGAAGGAAAGAUGUAUGGUCGUAAUGAAUUAAUAGCAAGGUACAUCAAGCUGAGGACAGGCAAAACCCGCACCAGAAAGCAGGUUUCUAGCCACUUGCAGGUUCUCGCCCGGAGAAAAUCUCGCGAGAUCCAGUCAAAGCUAAAGGCAAUGAAUUUGGAUCAGGCAUCUAAAGACAAAGCCCUGCAGAAUAUGGCGGCAUUGUCAUCCGCACAGAUCGUCUCCCCCAGUAUGAUAAAGAAUCAUCUUCCUCCAUUGUCUCCAUACCAGCCACCCAGAUUCUGGCCUACUCCAAUCCCAGUACAGCCUGGACCCUCUCAGGAGAUGGUUCUAGAUCUCAACCCGGGAAGGACUCCUGGGCUCGGCCGCACCAGCCAUGCCAUUAAACCUUUUGUACAGUAUCAAAACCUACAAGGCCCCAUACAACAAACCGUACCAGCCUAUGAGCCCUUGGCACCACCUGCCCCACCAACCGCUACUGCAGUUCCAGUGUGGCAGGAUCGAACGAUUGCUUCCUCAAAGCUGAGGAUGUUGGAGUAUUCAGCCUUUAUGGAGGUUCCGAGAGAUCCAGACAACUACAGCAAACACUUGUUUGUCCACAUCGGACAAACCAAUCCCUCCUACAGUGAUCCGCUCCUUGAGGCUGUGGACAUCCGGCAGAUCUACGACAAGUUCCCGGAGAAAAAGGGUGGACUCAAAGAGCUUUAUGAGAAAGGCCCCCAGAAUGCUUUCUUCCUAGUAAAAUUCUGGGCUGACCUGAAUAGCAGCGGGAUGCCGGAUGGCCCAGGUUCGUUCUACGGUGUCAGCAGCCAGUACAGCAGCACCGAGAACAUGACGAUCACUGUUUCAACCAAAGUCUGCUCAUUUGGCAAGCAGGUUGUCGAGAAAGUCGAGACAGAGUACGCCCGCCUGGAAGGAGGAAAGUGUGUUUACAGGAUCCACCGCUCUCCUAUGUGCGAGUACAUGAUCAACUUUAUCCACAAACUCAAACACUUGCCUGAAAAAUACAUGAUGAACAGUGUUCUUGAAAACUUCACAAUCUUACAGGUGGUGACAAACCGCGACACCCAGGAGACCCUGCUCUGUAUAGCAUUUGUUUUUGAGGUUUCCAAUAGUGAACACGGAGCUCAGUAUCACGUCUACAAACUUGUUAAAGACUAACAGCUCGUCAGGGAAGUUUUGGAAGAGCCAGAAAAAAAAAGCUUGACACAAUCUCUCUUUGACCACCUCAACCAUCCAGGAAAAACUACAACAAUAAAAAAAAAUAUUCAAACAACACCGGACUAACGUGAACACAUUUAAGCGUUUAAAAAAAAGGAGCGAGAAAAAAAAAAGUGUGGAUGUGCCAACAUGCAAAGAAAUUUGAAGAACUGUGGACUACCAGCUAUUUGCCAUGUGUUUAAACAUGAUUAAGAUGAAGUGGGUGACUUUUGCUGUUGUUAUUGAUGGAACUUGAAAAGUUUUGCAGAGGGGAUGUGAAUGUGUUUAGACAUAAAAAGAUUCUUACAGUUACUGGAGGAACAUGCUACAUGCUACGUGCUGUAAGAGUAGAGUAUAUUGGACUUAGAAGUGGAAAGAGUAGGACCACAGGACGAGGGAAACCAUAGGGAAAUUGUAAAGGUUUAUUAGGACAGCAAGUGCCUUUUCACCAAAGGUUAUAUCAUUACCUGCCACUUUGGAUUGCCCUUUUUUUCUUUUUUUUUUUUUUUACUACCUCUUGUUUUUACAUGAACAGAAAAAAGUCAAACAAUUGUGUUUUCUUACAAAAAUAUUGGAAAAAAAAUCAACAUCUUUGGAGGCAGUGUUCGUCUUCAAGCAUACAAAGGAAUGAUAACUUUUGAUGUAGCCUGUUUUACAAAAAAAGAAAAAAGAUAAAAAGGACAAAAAAAAAUCAUCCCAAGUUUUACAGUCCAAGUGUACAGGGGGGGAGAUUAAUUGUGUUGCUGUGUUAUUAAGAUUCUAUUUGUGUUCAUAUUUUAUUACACAGUUUUAAAAAAAAUCAGGUCUUACAAGCAUCUAUCUGUAACUGAAUUUUGACACGAGGGAUGUCUUGUAACGUUUCUGUCCUGACAUGAAGCCAGGGCUUUGCCUUCCUUACGAGACCCACUGUUAUUUCUCUCUGAAGACGUGUGCUUGGAUGCACUUACAAAGAUCGGGGGGGGGGGGGGGGGGGGGGGGGGGGUGCAGCAACAGCAGUGCUUAUUUUCUGCCUUGAGAUAUGUAGCUUAAUUAAAUACAAUGAGUUGUUUCUGUACUGUGAGUCAGUGGAUACUAAAGGAAUAUGUGUUACAUAGGAGCAUUUUUUUGGGGGGGAGGGUUUUUUUUUUUUUUUUUUUGUUCAAGUAACUCAGCACAGAGACCAUGGUAAGAGGGGGGAGAAGUUGAUCACUGUUUCUUUUGUUUAAAAAAGAGAUUGUAUGCUGUGAAGUUGGUUAGUUUACUUCACUCAUCUUCUCCAUGUAACGUGGAGAAGCUGCAUUCAUGAAUAAAAGUGCAGUUUUAUAUUUAAGACAAUUUUUUACACCAUCGAUUUUGAAAUUGGUCUAAAUAAUUGUCUUGAAUGAGAGCCAUUGUCUCUGUGGAGUAUGACCAUUGAUUGUUAUUUAUAGGGUUGGAAGAGAAAUAGUGGGAGGGCAGGGUGGGGUUCUGGAGAUGUGUUGAUAAUUUUCCACUGUAAUGGAGAUGUUAAAAGUAUUGCAGUACUUGUAUUAAAGACAGGAUUAACUGUCAGCCCACAGGUUCUGCUGGACAAGUGUCUGCUCUGUGUGGUUCACUGGACAAAUUUGCUAUGAAAGUGCAAAUUUAAGAUGUAACAGUGGUAUAAUUGCACCUGGCUUUGAAUGUUGUAUUUCACAAGCUAGACACAAUAACACUCCUUCUCUUGCAGGUCUCAGUUUAACUUUUAUACGGACAUUUUCUGCCAAUAUCAAGAUUGUUUUGAUUCUGUUGUCUUUUGACAUUCAGUGUUUGCCAUAUGCUUCACUGAAAAUAAUGUGUGUGAUAGUAAUGGUAUUGAUAAUUAAUAAUGAGAUAUCUAAUGUAUCAUAUUCUGAAUGGUGUGGGCAGUUUUGUUCAGUUUUUUUUUUUUUUUUUCCUUUUUUUUUGGGCGGGGGGGGCGGUUAAGGUGGUUUACUAUUGUCUUUGUUACCAUUGUGCAUUGCAAUUUUAUACUUAAAAGUAGAGGUUGGACUAUAUAAUCAACAAAUGUAUCUCACAAGACGCAUGGUGCCUUUGGGGCCAUUUUCCCCAGGAAACUCAUUAAACAUGUUUGUUAAUU